CGACACUCAGACUCGCGACCUGACUUGCUUGAACUCGACGCUUGAGGACUCAUCAGCUGCUCGCGAACAUCUGAAACCGACUUUCGACCAGUCAUCUUGGUCGCAUCCCACGCUUCCUCGAACCUGCUACACAUCACCUCAUCAUACACAAAUACCCACAUUCUCCAAUACCCAGGUCUCAAUCUUGCACACGACCAUCCUCUUGACUCCAGCCAUUUCGUGAGCUGGCUGAGGCGCGACACUUUGGCCAGAGCAUCGCGCAUCGGCACCCUUCCAUCGACUCACUAGCUCAUUGGGUUGUGCAGCGCCGCUUACUUUGGCCACAGCAUCGCGCAUCGGCACUCUUUCACCGUUUCACCAGCUCAUCUGGCUGCCCAUCUGGAUCUUUGGCUAGAGCUUAGUGGUCUGCUACAGCUUGGCUUGGACAGCGUUCAAGAUGCCGGCCGUCACUUCGCCGCCAGCGACGAUCUCGUCCCACGGGUCGUCCGGCAAGAAGUUCUCCACAAUCACAGGCCAAGGUCAGUACUCCAAUCGAAGUAACACCUCGGGCGCAGGUGGUCUGGGCUCGAGACAAAGCGUCAAGGGUCUGUUCGACCUAGGCAAUGCUUCCAAGGCUGGCAGCAACCUGACAGCGUCCAAAAGCGCGGCAGCCACGGCAGCGGCCUCGGGCGUGGGCCCGGCCGCUGCUGCUGCCAUCAGCAGAGAGGAUGGCAUUUGGAGUGUCAGCGUUGCUGAAGCUCGCGACAAGCGCCAAGAGCCCGUCACUUCGAAGCGCAGCAGCAGGCAGGGACCGCCAAAGCCAAGCAUUCCUGCGUACACGCUCUACAUCACCAACCCAACCCACAACCUCACCCUGCUUCGAAAUGUGGUGGAGAUCGGCGACUUGGACGCAAAGCUACGAGAGGCCAUCCCCACUUCCGGUAGCUCCAAAACUUUGCCAGCGCUUCCUGCCCUUCCGACUGUGGCGCAAAAUUCCACUUCUGCUUCUCAGCCUAAUUCGCGUAGAAUCCUGCAGACCAUCUCUCGAACACUCUCACCUGGGGCCAAUCGUAACCGGGAGAGAUCCGCGCUAUCGAACCUGACGGGAAUAGCGAGUCCAAAGGGCGAGAACGGUGCUGCCCAGCUGGCGCCUGUGACACCCACCAAGUCAGGCUCGCCCGCUGAUGAGAAGGGUCAGGGCAUUCUCGGGGCCACGACUCCUACAUCGCCGGGCAACAUUCCCUCAACACCUGUCGAGAAGGCCUCGGACGCACACAACAUCACGACGAAGCUCGCCACGUACUUUACUACCAUUUCAAACAUACCCGCCGUGCGCAAACACAAAGCCUGGCGGCGAUUUGUGCGAGUUGGCUCGGAUGACUUCGAGAGCGUGCGAGUCGAACGGAGAGUGAGAAAGGUGCGGAGCGACUUGGCGGAGCACGUCAAGGCGACAGUCGCGCCGACGAACACCAACGUGGGCCUGGCAGCUCCGCACGGCCGACCCUCGGUCGGGGACGAUGGAGGUCGCACAGAGGACGAAGCUGAUUCCCAAAGCGCCAGUGGUCGAUCAGCCAUCUCUCGACCCCCAUCUCAAGCCGCUUCGCAACGCAACAGCGUGGUAGGUGUACCUCCUUUUGUGCCGUCUCGAACGAGCUCUGCGGCCCCCUCUAACGACUCAGACCACGCCCGUGAUGUGGGUCGCAAACCUUCAAGCUUUGCCAACAUUCCGGAAGAACACGAGAAGCCCGACUCUGUUCAUGCCAGCUCCUCGAGCAAGACGCAGAGAACAAAGGAUGCUUCUGCACAGCAGACAGGCCAGGCUGAGAACAGCAAGAGCUCCAACAACGCUUUGAGUGCGCCAGCUGGAAAAGACACCAAGCCCGAACGCAAGCACAGGAGGGUGCGCUCCGAGCAUAAAGACAAAGACAAAGUCACAGUGGAUGACUUUGAGAUGAUUCGCGUACUCGGCAAAGGUUGCGCUGGCAAGGUACUUCUGGCUCGUCACAAAGCCAGCGACGGCCUCUUCGCGAUGAAAUCCAUCCACAAGCGUCAUGUACUCGCCCAUCAGGAGCUGCAGCACACACUCACGGAGCAAGCAGUCUUGAAGCGCAUGGCCAAUGAUGUGAUCGACCCGUUUGUAGUGAAGCUGUGGUGGAGCUUUCAUGACAAGAACAAUCUCUAUCUGGUGAUGGAUUUCCAUCCGGGAGGCGACCUUGCCACGCAGUUGUCUCGCUGGGGCAGACUUGGACGCGACAGGGCGCGCUUCUAUGCAGCAGAGAUCGUAGAAGGCGUCGAGGGGCUGCACCGCGCCGGCGUCAUCUACCGUGAUCUCAAGCCCGAGAAUGUCCUCAUCGGCGCUGACGGCCACAUCGUGCUGUCCGAUUUUGGUCUGUCCAAGGAGUUUCCGGUCCAUGGCGAAGAUGGUGCACGCGCUGGGUCCUCGACGCCCCCACCUGGCUCGCCUAAGCGCUCCCACUCUAGUGCUCAAAUUAGCGGUGGCAAAGCUCACCAGCCGCACUGGAUGUCAGCUUCAGACGACGGUGCAGCCACGGCCUCUGACGCCUUUGCAUCUCGUGGUUCAAAAGCACGCUGGGCGGACGACCGGGACACGACCACGACGUUUUGCGGCACCGCAGAGUAUCUAGCUCCAGAGGUCAUCCAAGGAGGCGCCUACUCUUACGAAGUUGACUGGUGGAGCUUUGGCACGAUGCUCUUCGAGAUGUUGACCGGCAUUACGCCUUUCUGGGCGGAGACACAUGCUGACAUGUACGUGCGCGUGCUGCACGACGAGCUCAAGUUUCCAGACGAUCGUGUGCUUGACCAGGACACGAAGAGCGUUCUACGAGGGCUCCUUCAGCGCAACCCCAUGCUGCGUAUGAAGGAGCCACGCAUCAAGAAGCACCCUUACUUUGCCAUGAUCGAGUGGCAACACGUCUUCCACAAGCGAUACAUUGCACCAUAUAUUCCGCCAAUCGACCCUGACAAUGAGGCGGAUACUCAGAACUUCGACGAAACGUUCUUGGACAUGCAACCAGUUGUAAACGGCGCGGAUGAUGAUCCCUUCGAGGAGGGCUCCGUGUCGAACCAAGCAGCCAUGGCUGGCGAUGCGUCUGAUGAUCGGCCACCAGCAGAUUCCGCCGGCGUAGGCGAUGUCGGAGCCGACAAGUCUGGAGCCGCUGUGAAGACCACAGGGGCAGACGAGAAGUCUCUCUUCGAUGGAUACUCGUUCCGAGGUCGCCGUGACUCAGAGGCCAUCUCCUCAAUAUUCUCCAGCGGACCCAGCGAGGAAUUAGAGGAGAACGCUGUCGAGAGCGAGGACGACGAAACCGCGGCGCGCAAUGCGGUCGCGGCCCUUGCGCAUCUCGAGAGCGAGGCGAGCGGCGACGGCUCGACAUCUAAUGCUUCCACCUCAACGCAGCCGACUUCGAUCGCUUACAGCCGUGAGCGAGCGGCGAAUGCGACAGGUGGCACCGGUAGCAGUGAGGGACACGACUCGGUCACUCACAGCAACAAGAGCCGCACCGCGCUAUCCGCUAGCGGUGUGCCUGCACAUGGCACUAUCAACGAAACUGACGAUGAAGAUGAGGACUGGGACAUGGUUGACACGCCUUCCGGUCAGAAGUUCGAGUCGGAGAUCAAUGGUGGCAAAGGCAACAAUCUCUUCUCACGAGGCGUGGUUGACACGUACCGCAUGCUCAGAAGGCAAGAGUCGUCCAAACUUCCGACUUCAGCAUCCUCUGGCAGCCGAGCGUUCAACAGGCUGUCUCGCAAACAACCCAGCUCUCGUCGAAAUUUGGGCAGUACCAGCAAUGGUAAUUUCAAUUCGACGAGCGCGGUCUCUCUGGAGUCUUCUGCCGCCCGAAGCGGCAACGAGACUGGUGGAGCGGUUUCUGGCGACGAUGCUGCCUCUGAGCGCGAAGCCGCAGAUUUGUCCAACAGCGCUGCUACUAACUCUGACACGCGGCACCGAAAAGCGGGAGCCAGCCCAAGCGUCGCAUCGUCCGAUGAGCAGCUCCAAGAACGCAACCGCCAGCGCAUGAAAAAGAUCAAGCGCUUUACUACCUUCUUCGAAGUCGCACGAUGAUGCCCUCAGUCAGCGGGCGGUCGGGCAAGCUCUGCAAAACCGCCAGUCCUGUAAUGCGACUCUGCACUAUCCCUUUCCAUCCGAUCGCGCCCAUUGCAGCAUUUCUUUCUCGUCAUCCAGUAUACCUGGCCCAUCUCACAAGGCCAUUUGUUCACCUUGGACGCUCGCAUUCGUCUCUGCGCUGCUACUCAUUCACCACAGGCUCUACGGCCGCAUCUCGG